UUUAAGCGUACACAAACCAUCUGCUCGUCAAGAGAAUUUUAAAAAGUUUUCGUUUGAAGUCGUUAUUCGAGUACGUUACCGCAAUUAUUAUCAGAAACAAGAAUUGGCGGGAUAUUAACCAUAAAAAUAAAAUUGCAGUUUAGUAAAUCGAGUUAGUGUACUAAAUUAUCCAUGUGCUCGUAAAUUAAAAGAGAUCUAUUGCUUUGUCUCUAGAUCUGAAGCUGACAACGUUUUUUCAUAGGCUUAGAAUUUUUUAUUUAGCAAAAUGGAAGAUUUCAUUAAGAUAGAAAAAAUUGGUGAAGGUACUUACGGUGUGGUGUACAAAGGAAAAAAUAAAGUGACCGGUCAGUUUGUGGCUAUGAAGAAAAUUAGGUUGGAGGCGGAUGAUGAAGGCAUACCCUCCACCGCGAUCAGAGAAAUAUCCCUACUGAAAGAACUGAAUCACCCGAACAUAGUGAAAUUGGAAGAUGUACUCAUGGAGGAAUCCCGGCUGUUCCUCAUAUUUGAGUUCCUCUCCAUGGACCUCAAGAAAUACAUGGACUCCCUUGGAUCCGGGAGGAUGAUGAGCCCUAACAUAGUGAAGAGCUACCUGUACCAGAUCAACAGUGCCAUCCUGUACUGCCACUGCCGACGGAUCCUGCAUCGGGACCUGAAACCGCAGAAUCUGCUUAUUGACCAGACUGGCAUCAUAAAGGUGGCAGACUUCGGGCUGGGGCGUGCGUUCGGCGUGCCGGUGCGCGUGUACACGCACGAGGUGGUCACGCUGUGGUACCGCGCGCCAGAGGUGCUGCUAGGCAGCCAGAGGUACUCGUGUCCAGUCGACAUGUGGUCUAUCGGCUGUAUCUUCUCCGAGAUGUCCUCCAAGAAACCACUGUUCCAGGGCGAUUCUGAAAUCGACCAGCUUUUCCGAAUCUUUAGGAUGCUGCGUACGCCGACAGAGGAGAUCUGGCCCGGCGUGACGUCACUACCGGACUACAAGCCUACCUUCCCCAACUGGAACACGUUCAACUUGCACAACCACGUACAGAACCUGGACGAGUUGGGCAUGGAUCUCCUCCGCAAGAUGCUGGUGUACGACCCGAUGAAGCGCAUCAGCGCCAAGGACGCGCGCCGCCACCGCUACUUCCGCGACGUGCGCCUGCCGCCCGGCCUGCCGCGAGACUCCGCGAGAGGGGUCGAUGCGCCCGCGCAGCCGCACAGCGCCGUCGCCACGCAGUGA